AUGGAUGAUAACCAAGUUAUUAUAGAUAUUCCUGGAGCAAUAUCAGAAGCAAAACAGGUUCAAAAUCCUCAGCAUAGAGUUACAAAGUAUAUGGACGUUCUUUAUGCAAUAAAUCAAGCUGAAAAAAUUGAUGAACGUUCGUACAAACAUAUAUUAUCAAUAUUAGAAGAUACUUAUGCACUUUGCCGUCAAUAUAGAGUUCUAAAUUCGGAUGAAAUCAAAGAAGCUCUGAAUUAUAUCAAAAGGAUUGUUAGACAAAUGGACAAAAACGAGCAAGAUGCACUUCCCUUAACUCAAACUAAGCUUCGCGAAUAUAUCCAUCAAACAAUUGGCGCAAUGAGAUUUAUAAUUCGAGAUCUAAAGGAUUCCAAAGAAAAUCCAUAUCAUUUCCAAUUAGACAUAUCUACAGUACUCCUGAGUAUUAUGAUGUUCAUCUUAUUUAUCUUCGUUGUCAUUAAAGUUAGGUCUGUUGAAAAUCCACGUAAAAGGAGAUGA